GAGCAUUUAUACCGCCCCGGUCAGAAUGAGAUAGAUGUACAGUGGACAUGGCACCUUGCUUUGAAACAGGAUGUGCUCUUUAAUACGCGCAUCCGAUGUUUGCAUUCAAGACGCGGCUGGAUGGCAGGCGGCACCUGGCGCGCUAGCCGGCAACAGCCCAAUUGCCAGAUCCGAUCGGGGCGGUCCGAGAUUCGGCCGACGCUAAUACGGAACUUCUCCGAGCCAUAAACCUUGAAUGGAGACGGGCAAUUGGGGUCUGCGGCCGAGGAGGGCUGAGAUAGCGGGUGGUUCGCCGAAGCGGCCUGGUAGGAGGGAUUGCUGUCCAGGAUGCACUGGACAACGACUGGUUCGAGGGACUCUUGAGCUGGUUGUUCUUGUUGGUGUUGGUCGGCUCCGAGCUGGGGUUCGAGCUUGGGAGCAGGGAGUCUGGCAACAGCGCCGUUCGACUGCUGGGGACGGAUCAGAGGCUCGGAGAUGUUGGCGAGGGCGCCUGGGUCCUGUCCAAGGCGGCCGUAGCGAAGGCGAAGAUGCCACUCGAGGAGCGCUGUUCGAGUCUCGAGACGGAGGCGGUGCCGUAGGAGUAGACGGUAGGAGGAAGAGCGUUUGGAGGAAGACGGUCCUAGAUGAAGGAGCGUGGGGUGGCAGAUGGGUCCUUGGGAGUAUUAGAGGAGGACAGAAUGGCCAAUGGGAACUCGCUUAACCUAACUGCCCGACACAACGGACACCGCACUACUACCGUUGCAGAUCACAUGACUCUUCUGGCCCUCCAAUUCCACGUCCC